AUGGCCCAGGUUAGAGAAACUUCCUUGCCCUUCAGCUCAGUGGCCCCCUUAAACUCGGGAACAGAGGGAGAAGCCUCACUUGAGAUGGUGGCUAACAAGGCAGGAGAAAUGAAGGAGGCAGUGGGAGUAGCGAAGGCAUAUUCAGGCUGUGGAGCUGAGGAGUGCAAGCUGGAUUCAGUAGAAGAGCCUAGACCCAAACUUGAGGGGAAUUUGAAGGGGAGCGGCAGCGAAAAGGUCUUUUCAACUGCACCUCGGCGUCAUAGCAUUUCCAUGCCUGUUUUCCCACGCCGCAAGCCCCGCCCUCGACCUCAGCCCAGAGCUUGCUCCAGAGGUCCUUCCGGAUCUUGUGACCCACCUCCACUUGCUGCCCACUCUCUGCGCCCAAUCCCAUCUCUGCCGUCGCAGCCACCACCACCAAGGCUGCACCAGCCCAAGUCACGACCUUCGCGCACUUCCCAGCAGAGAUGCAAGGCAGGGUCCAGACCCCAGAGGAGACGAGGCUGUUCUGGAUAUCUAGAUGGAUGUGGGAAUCCAGAAAGUUCAUGGGACUGGUUGCUGAAAGUGAAGUUUGAUCAGGGUCCCACUGGCUGUUGUCACGUGGAAAGCUUUAAAGCAGCUAAAAACUGGCGGAAGAACCUGCGGUUGAUUUACCAUCGUUUCGUUUGGAGUGGGACCCUGGAAACUAGGGAACGUAAGGCAAAGUCAUGUAUCUGUUGUGUAUGUAGUACCCAUAUAAACAGACUCCACUCUUGUCUUUCCUGUGCCUUUUGUGGAUGCUUUACUGAGAAACAUAUUCACAAACAUGCGGAAACAAAACAGCACAAUUUAGCUGUAGACCUCUAUCGUGGAGUUAUAUACUGUUUUAUGUGUAAGGACUAUGUAUAUGACAAAGACUUAGAACAGAUUGCCAAAGAAACAAAAGAGAAAAUUUUGAAAUUACUAAUUUCCCCCUCAACAGGUGUUUCUCAACAACAGUGUGUGGCAUCAGGUGUUAAAGAGAAGCAAACAACCUGUGAUUCAAAGGAACAGGAACCAAAAUUGCAGCACCCCAAGAAAAACAGAAGAAAAUCAGUCUACACUGUAGGCCUAAGAGGUCUAAUCAAUCUUGGAAACACUUGCUUUAUGAAUUGUAUUGUUCAGGCACUUGUCCACGUUCCUCUACUAAAAGAUGUCUUACUUUCUGACAAGCACAAAUGUAUAAUGAAAAACCCCAGCUUGUGUCUGGUCUGUGAAAUGUCUUCGUUUUUUCGUGCUAUGUACUCUGGGAGCCGAACUCCUCACAUUCCCUAUAAAUUACUUCACCUGAUAUGGAUUCAUGCAGAGCAUUUAGCAGGGUACAGGCAACAGGAUGCCCAUGAGUUCCUUAUUGCAAUAUUAGAUGUGCUUCACAGACACAGCAAAGAUGAUAGUGUUGGGCAGGAAGCCAAUAAUCCCAACUGCUGUAAUUGCAUCAUAGACCAAAUAUUUACAGGUGGCUUACAGUCUGAUGUCACCUGCCAAGUCUGCUAUGGUGUCUCCACUACAGUUGACGCAUGCUGGGACAUCAGUUUGGACUUGCCUGGCUCUUGUGCUACAUUCACUUCCCAGAACUCAGAGAAGACUGACAGCACAGUAAGCAAGGGUGAUCACAUACCAGGAACCCCCUCACUCACAGACUGCCUACAGUGGUUUACAAGGCCAGAGCACCUAGGAAGCAGUGCCAAAAUCAAAUGUAGUAGUUGCCAAAGCUACCAGGAAUCUACCAAACAACUUACAAUGAAGAAAUUACCCAUUGUGGCCUGUUUCCAUCUCAAGAGAUUUGAACACAUUGGCAAACUGAGACAAAAGAUUAAUACUUUCAUCUCCUUUCCCUUGGAGCUAGACAUGACUCCAUUUUUGGCCUCCACUAAAGAGAAUAGAAUGAAAGAAGGCCACCCACCACCAAAUUGUGGGCCAAAUGAGAAUAAGUAUUUGCUAUUUGCAGUGAUUAAUCACCAUGGAACUUUGGAAAGUGGACACUAUACCAGCUUUAUUCGACAACAAAAGGACCAAUGGUUCAGUUGUGAUGAUGCCAUCAUCACCAAAGCUACCAUUGAGGACUUACUCUGCAGUGAAGGGUAUUUACUGUUCUAUCACAAACAAAACCUAGAGAAAGAGUAG